AUGUGGUUCAUUGGCUGGCCCCUAGGGCUCCUCCUCUCCGCCAUCUCAAGCGUCUUUGGCAUCACCGGGAAACUGCUGCUCAAGCUCGCGCACAACGAACGCGAUCGCGAAGAAGAGCUCCUGGACCAGCUCCAGUACCAAGUGCCAGCUCCAGCAAAGACUUCAACUCGAAAUUCCCCCGUGGUCAUCCCAACCAAUCGAGGGUGUACCUAUUUUUAUUGCGGACUCGUGUCCAUGCUCGUGCUGAAUCCAGCCCUAGGGGCUCUCGCCUACUGCUUUGCCACGCAGUCCUUACUGGCUCCUAUGGCCGGUCUGACGAUUGGCUGGAACACCCUGUUGGGGCCUAUCUUGCUGCCUCAUGAACGUCUCACGACCAAUGACUUUGUCGGGGCUGUGCUCAUUUUCACAGGUUGUGUGCUGGUUAGUGUCUCGGGCACCCACGAGAGCCCCCCACUGCCUGUUGAGCAAUUGGCGGCUCGCUUCACCGCACCUUCUUUUCUGCUCUAUGCACUCGUGCUGCUAGCAGUACUGAGCUUCUUGAUCCACUAUGCAAAACAUGCACUUCACUUUACAACGACGUCGCGACGCGCUGGAGUCAAGAGCUCUCCAGUGUCGAGUCCGGAGCAACUUUCACUCAUGGCUCGCGUCUCGUUGAGUGUCUUUGCCGGUGUCAUGAGCGGCCAAUUGUUCUUUCUUGCUGCUGUGAUGCGGAUCGUGCAUGACGAUGGAGCGAGGAGUCGCAUCUGGUGCUUCCCAGCGACUUAUAUCUGUAUCCUUGGAGCAGUGGGAACCGCACUGUUUGGACUGUACCUCUUGAACGAAGCACUUGCCGUGGAAGACGCUGUCGUGGUCAUUUAUUUGUACGAGGCAAGUUAUAUCAUGGCGGGGGCGAUCUCUGGACUGUGUUUCUUUCGCGAUAUGGACCACCUGCCGGCCUGGCACUAUGUGCUCUAUUCGCUAAGUCUCGUAUUGAUCCUAUUGGGUAUCUACAUCGUUGCCAAACGGUCGUUGCCUGAAGACGAAGAGUUCUUGCUGCCGCUUUUGGCGCCCCCUUCAGCGGAAGACGCAUCCGUCGAGCGGAUCUUCCAACAAGCUUCCUACUACGCUCGCCGGGCAUCCUAUUCUGGUCCAGGCAUGCGUGCCAUUCGAAGCAACCGCAACGAUAUGGAGUCACCUGAGCGCCGCAGGUCCAUGUCAACAAAGUAA